CAGAAUGAGGAGCUGUGGGCUUACGCUUAGAUACCUGUACGAUGAAUGGGACAGCGGCUUCGGCUCUUUGAGCUGGUUGAUUACAAAAAUAAGACAAUGAAUAUUGACCUUCUGCUGCUGUUCAGAGAGGGCGUCAUGUACGAGAUUGCAGACAAAGAACGUACCUGCACGAAACAGGCCCUGCACGCACAGUUCCAUCCUUGGCAAGUUCCAAAAGACGCAACUCUGGUGGGCCCGGCUAUUUUGGGAAGCUCCUCUUCACCUGGAGAGGGACUGCUGGUCAACACCUGGACAGGAGAUUUGCCAGACAAAACAGGAAAGUACUUCGCCACCUUCACUGAAUUUGGAUGCAUUCCUGUCUCCUCUGCGUUCCACACCAAACAGUUUGGAUGGCUGAUCGUAAACUUGUUCGACAACGUCAAAGGCAUUACCGAUCCCAGCUUGCUCGAACUCCCAGCGUUCUGCAGCAACGUCCCGACCAAAGAAACACAGCCAGUUCAUUUUUCCAAGUUGUUCCAACAGAGGACAAACUAACGUCUCAAAGACGAAUAGACACCAGAUGAGGAAGACUUGACAAAAUUCUGCCAAAUCUGACAAAAUACAUGCAAAAAUUUAUAGAAAAUCAUUAGUUCCAAUCCAAAAAACAUACAAACGUCUGUUUUUUUAAACGGAACUGUGGCUAUGAUCCAUUUAUGGUCAUAAUCACAUUGCAUUACAUCAAAUUAACAGAAUUUUGUAUCAAAUUUACCUACUAGCUCAUAAUUUCUAACAUUGUACUAAUGUUCAGUGUCUAUCAAUAAAAUUUCUAACAAGA